AUGGCCCCUCAAAACCUCAACCGCGGCUCCCCAAACAUACCCUACUUCACGCCCCUCCACCUGUCCAGCCCCGGAACCCCCUCAGCCCUCACCCCCACCACGCCAACGCUCUUCACACCCCUCCGCAUCCGCAACACCACGCUCCGCAACCGCAUCCUCGUAGCGCCCAUGUGCCAAUUCAGCAGUGCAGCAACGGGCCCCACCACCGGCGCCCUCACAAACUACCACAUCGCCACGCUCGGCCACUACGCGCUCAAGGGCGCCGCCCUCGUUUUCAUCGAGGCCACGGGCGUCCAGGCCAACGGACGCAUCUCGCCAAACUGCCCGGGUCUCUGGAGCGAUGCGCAGAUUCCGGCGUUGCGCCGCGUGAGCGACUUCAUCAGGAGCCAGGGCGCGCUGUGUGGCGUGCAGCUUGCGCAUGCGGGGCGCAAGGCGAGUACGUGUGCGCCGUGGGUGGCCGGGCAGCAGAGGACGCAGGGCGGGAAGAGAAAGGUGAGUGUGAGGGCGGAUGUGGAUGUCGGGGGGUGGCCGGGGGAUGUGGUGGGACCGAUGGGAGGCGAGGAGUGGGCUUGGGAUGGCCAGGUGGGCGGGAAAGAAGGAAGUGGGUAUUGGGCGCCGAGGGCGCUGAGCACGCUCGAGAUUGAAGAGUUGGUGCGGGAUUGGGCGAGGAGUGCAGAGCGAGCGGUCAAGGCAGGCGUGGAUGUGAUUGAGAUUCAUGCGGCGCAUGGCUAUUUGAUUCAUCAAUUUCUGUCGCCGAUUACCAAUCGUCGCAGCGAUGGCUAUGGGGGUUCAUUUGAAAAUCGCACGCGCCUGCUGCUGGAGAUUAUACGUGCGGUCCGCGAGGUGAUACCGCAGGGUCUGCCAUUGUACCUGCGCAUCAGCGCAACAGAGUGGAUGGAGGAAACUGCGCCUGGCAAGCAGUACGGAAGCUGGACAGUGCAAGACUCGAUCCGGCUUGCGAAACUCCUCCCAGCGCUCGGCGUCGAUCUCUUGGAUGUGAGCAGUGGGGGGAAUCAUCCCGCGCAGCAAAUCAGCAUGUUCAACACAAAGGACUAUCAAACUAGCAUCGCGGCGCGGAUUCGCAGCGAGCUCCAAAAGUCAAAUCUCAGCCUUUUUAUUGGCGCCGUUGGCCUCAUCACCGAGGCCGAGCAGGCACGAAACAUUGUGGAAGAGGGGGGCGUGAGGACAGUCUCCCAAACCGGUCUCGAGGAGUUCACGGAGGAAGCCAAAGCGGCCGUUGCCGUUACAGAGGGGAAGGAUGGCAAGCAGCCACUCGCUGAUGUGGUAUUGGUUGGACGGCAGUUUAUGCGCGAGCCAGAGUGGGUGCUCAAGGUGGCGUGGCAACUGGGUGUGGAUGUUGCGUGGCCGAAUCAAUUCCUCAGGGUCAGGUUUCCCAAGCUGUAG